AUGAUCUUUGCUUCAGCAAUGUUGGAACCUUCUCUUUUGCCUCCCCUUUUGGUGGGUGGCAUACUCAUAUAUCUCAUCGGUCGAUCAAUCUACCGCCUCUAUUUCCAUCCACUUCGAUUGAUUCCUGGACCCAAGCUCGCUGCUAUAUCCCAUAUUUACGAGUUUUACUUUGAUGUGAUUGUUGGAGGACAGUUCAUGUUCGAAAUCGGAAGACUGCACAAGCAGUACGGACCCAUUAUCCGGAUCAACCCGCGUGAGGUUCAUAUCUUAGAUCCCUCUUUCUACGAUGAAAUAUAUAGCGGUGGUGUCAGAAAGCGCAACAAGGAUGCAGAAUUCCUUAAAGCAUACUCAGUGGAGGGUUCGCCGGUAGCCACUGUGGAUCAUGAUCACCACCGCUACCGUCGAAACAUCGUGGGCUCAUUCUUCUCGAAACGCUCAGUCAACGAACUGUCCCCAGUGAUUGAGGAUAAAAUACAGAAGUUGAUGGAGCGCUUUUCUAUCGCUAAUCAAGCUGGUUCAGUCGUGCGUUUGGAUGAUGCAUUCUCUGCCCUUGCCUCGGAUGUCAUUACACAAUACUCCUUCGGUCGGAGCUGGGAUUUCUUGGAAGAUGUGAAUUUCCGAAGAGAAAUUCGCCAUGCCAUAGCGGAAACGGCGAAUGCCAUUCACAUCAACCGGUUCUUUCCUUUAUUUGCACGAACGCUUCGAAUGAUCCCUAGGUCACUCGUCGUUAAGAUCCAGCCGGGCAAACAAAGCGUGGUGGAUUUCAUGAAGUCGAUCUAUGACUUUACUGCGCAGUCAAUGCAGGUUGCUGAGAACCCUGGUCAUGAAAAGCGAGAUUCCAAGAAGGGAACCAUCUUCGAAAAGCUCACGGACCCAACACUCCCACCAGAAGAGAGAACUUUCCGUCGUAUUCAUGACGAGUCAGGUGUUAUUCUUCAAGCUGGAACCGAAGCCAUCGGUCGAUCAUUGACUGUAGCCGCUUUUCAUAUCGCUCACAAUCCUUCUAUCCGGGACAAAGUCCGCGAGGAAUUGCGUUCGGUUAUGCCGACUCCUACAAGCAAAGCGACUGGAGCACAACUUGAACAGCUGCCGUAUUUGUCUGGUGUUAUAUGGGAGGCCCUUCGCCUCUCUUACGGAAUGACACUCCGCUUGCCUCGCUGUGCCCCGGCAGAAGCACUCAAAUACGAGGACUAUGUUCUCCCACCCGGAACACCUUUGAGCAUGUCGACAUACCUCGUUCACCACGACGAAAGCAUCUUUCCAGACUCGUUUUCUUUCAAACCGGAGCGCUGGAUGGAGGUCGGACCGAAUGCAGACCGACUGACCAAGUACAUGGUUUCGUUUACUCGGGGAAGUCGUCAAUGUCUAGGAUAUAACCUCUCGUUCCAUGUGCUAUACUUAACAAUCUCCAGCUUUGUUCGUCAGUUUGAUAUGGAGCUCUACAAGACCACUCUUGAUGAUUUGACUAUUGUCAGCGAUUAUGGACUAGGACUUACCCGGAAUGGAGAGGUGGAAGUUCUUGUUAAGGUCUCGAAUGUGCUGAAGGAUUAG